UGUACUUGUUAUUUGAAGUUUGGGAUUAGGUGUACUAGAAGUUUGGAGGUGUAAAAUUUAAAGAAACAGAAGAUUUUUUUUUAUCAAUAUGUAUUUUGCCAACAGGUCGAAAAUACAGAUUCCGUGAGGCUGGCAUCAUGACGUUGCACUGGUGGAUGCACUGGUUUUGGGUGACGACUCUGCUCAUCUUAUGUGAGAGCAGUGGAUCUACUCUAGCUGCGCCCCAAUCUGAAGAACUGCAACAUAUGACCACCGACGUGGAACAACAAAGAACACCAGAGCGGCAACCGCGGGCGAUGUACUUCACGAAGACGCCUCCAGCGUCUACUCCCAGGACUAUAGUAAACAUUACUAUCAACCAAACAGAGAGAGAGACAGAGAGAACCACAACAAGCACUAGCACGGAGGCCACGACACCAGAAAUCGUGCAUCCCUCUAUACAAUGGGUACCUGCAAAUACUACAGAUAUCACUAACAUAACAAAAUCGAAAGACGACACACUAAUCACUAAUUCUACUGUAACUUCCAACGUCACUGAAACACAGAAUUCAACGUUUGCGUCAAAGAAACGCAAUCUGACUAGACCCGAUUUAGUGAAAGGCGGACCGAACGUGGAAGGUGUUUCGGAGAGCAAAAUCGUGACUGAGAAACCUCUGUCUCUUGAGACGUCCUUCCUUCAGACUCGGAUACCACCUAACGUGGAGUCUUCUAGAAGAGUGAUAGACCCAGGGGAAGGGGAUAUGGACAUGGGGGCGAUAGCUGGCAUAUCGUUCGCGGCGUUGGUGUUGGCUGCGUUGGCCGGCAGCACAGCUUUUGUACUUUACAGAAGACGAUACCUGAAUAAACCGCAGACAUUGAAUGAUAAAUGUUCUAACCCCGACUCCAGCGGGUAUCUUGACGACAGCACAAUAAGGGACAAUUCCGAGGAGAUGUACAGCUUGGACAAUGAUUCGUUCCUCAACUCUUUGGAAGCGAUGACUAUACAAAACUACUGGACGGACACGGUCAAACAUACCAAAUUGUGAACGACGCUCCAGACGAGCAGAGUAGUAAUGAGCUCACCUUGAUAAUAUCGGUGUUUAAAUUAAAUACACGUAAAGUAGGUGGAUAUUGGUAAUUGGCGUCUUGACGAGAUAAUUAUAAUUUAACCUCCUUAUUAGGUUAGAUUGCACGUAUAUAAUAAAUACGUUUCCAUUCAAACACCAGUUAAAUACGAUUGCUGAAAUAAUUAAAAAAGUUUUAAUUCUUGCGGCAAUUGAAAAUGAAACUUUCAUUGCGCAAGAUGUGUCGCCAUUUUUAUUGAUGUGAUUACUAUUACACAAACCAAUACUUGACAAAUGUUCAUUGGUGAUUGAAAUAAAACCUUUAUCAGUAAUUUGUGUGCUGACAUGGAAAUUUCAUAUAAUUUCAUCCACUUAUAACAAUCAAUCAUCGAAAUAUAUGACCCACAGUCUAUGCUUUAGUUAAAGGGUUGAAUUUGGAGAGUAUGGUCUGAAGAUUUUUUUAUUGCUUCUUUGAGGCAUCCUCCGGCAAUGCGGGGAAAGUUUGGAGCAAUGAAAAAUACAGAAUCAUUCAUAUGAUCAUUAGGGCAUACUGAACAAUUUUAUAUAGUAGAUGUUAACAUUAUUGGAGACUCAAAUGUUGUCAUCAAAAUUAGAGUGAAGAAUUUAAUUGACUAAUUAUAAAAAUUUGAUUAUUUAUAAUAUUCUAUAUUUAAUAUUAAGCGUCUAUGAAAUUAGAAACAAAAUUUUUAAAAUCACCUUAGAAUUUUAAUUAAUAAUAAUGGUAACAUUAAUAUUUUUGUGGUUCAUCAAAUAUGUACAAGAAAUUAUUUAGAUUGUCUCCGAAACCUCUUAUUAAUUGAUGCAGAACAUUAUUGUGAUAUAAUGUUUAUAUACAUUAUUUAUAAAAAAAUUAUCUUGUAUCUAGAAAUGUAUGAAAACAUUUCUAAGACGCAAGAAAUUUUAUUAUCAGAAAAUAUAUUAACGUGUGGAUUUUGUUUUACAAUACUUUCACUUAAUUGAAAUAAUGAAAAAUUCUUGAUGAAGUAACCAAAGCGGGAUGGUAAUAUACCUACAUGAGUA